UCUGCUGCAGGUCCGAGAACCCGCUGAGCCGCUGCGGCCGAGCAGUUUCUCGCCGAUCGAGGAAAACCCGGCGGAUCCAAGAUGCCGAAGCCAAUCAAUGUCCGAGUCACCACCAUGGACGCGGAGCUGGAGUUCGCCAUCCAGCCGAACACGACAGGAAAGCAGCUCUUCGAUCAGGUGGUGAAGACCAUCGGCCUUCGGGAAGUGUGGUACUUUGGCCUCCAGUAUGUGGACAAUAAAGGAUUUCCUACCUGGCUGAAACUUGAUAAAAAGGUGUCCGCCCAGGAGGUCAGGAAGGAGAACCCUCUGCAGUUCAAGUUCCGGGCCAAGUUCUACCCUGAGGACGUGUCCACGGAGCUCAUCCAGGACAUCACCCAGAAGCUGUUCUUCCUGCAAGUCAAGGAGGGGAUUCUCAGCGACGAGAUCUACUGCCCCCCCGAGACGGCCGUGCUCCUGGGCUCCUACGCCGUGCAGGCCAAGUUUGCAGACUAUAACAAAGACACACACCAGUCGGGGUACCUCAGCUCCGAGAAGCUGAUCCCCCAGAGGGUCAUGGACCAGCACAAGCUCACCAGAGACCAGUGGGAGGACCGCAUCCAGGUGUGGCACGCCGAGCACCGCGGGAUGCUCAAAGACAGCGCCAUGCUGGAGUACCUGAAGAUCGCCCAGGACCUGGAAAUGUACGGCAUCAACUACUUUGAGAUAAAAAACAAGAAAGGAACAGACCUCUGGCUCGGAGUUGAUGCCCUCGGACUCAACAUUUAUGAAAAAGAUGACAAAUCCUGUAACAGCCACGCUCAGGGCAGUCCAAACAGGUUUUUCCAGCGGCAGGAAGCAGCCAUAGGCAAGAACCUGCUGAAGUCAGCUGGCGGCUACCCCCAAUCCACACGAUGGCACCACACCACGCUGGUGACCGAGCCCAGGCCUGCUCAGUGCCCCAGCACCAGCCCGGACAGGCCCGUUUCUCCCCACUGCCCGCGGGACUGUGGCCGCCUGGAGCUGCGUCUGGGCGCUGGCUGGACCCCGGGGAUCACAGAGGCCCAGAGCAAAUACGGUUGUCCCUUUUCUUUCUACCUUGACACCAAGGCAGCCGGGGGCUUCCCUGGGCCCACGAGCGCCCUGUCCCGCCAGAUCUUGGGACUGCCUCCGGCCCUUGCCCAGUGGCAGAAGCUGGGUGCUGAGCGCCCUGUGAUCCAGACUGAGAUGAGAAAGGGGCGCUCGGAUGGAGCGGUUGGGGCGCUCUGGGCAGGCCUGGGAGGGCGGCUGCAGGGCCGGAGAGGACAGACAGGCGGGCCUGCAGGUCAGGAGCUCGCCGGGCAGCGCUCGGGCCCACCCGCAGCCCGCGAGGCACCCCGCCGGCCUCGUGCUUGUCCUUUCCGGAACGCAUCUAGCACGUGGUUUGGCCUGGGACAGCAGAAGCAGGAGAGGGCCCGAGUCAGGUCCCGCUCUGCUCUGCAGGACUUUGUGUUCUACGCUCCGCGCCUGCGCAUCAACAAGCGCAUCCUGCAGCUGUGCAUGGGCAACCACGACCUGUACAUGCGCCGCAGGAAGCCCGACACCAUCGAGGUGCAGCAGAUGAAGGCACAGGCCCGGGAGGAGAAGCACCAGAAGCAGCUGGAGCGGCAGCAGCUGGAGCUUGAGAAGAAGCGGAGGGAGACUGUGGAGCAGGAGAAGGAGCAGAUGCUGCGGGAGAAGGAGGCGCUGAUGAUGCGGCUGCAGGACUACGAGCAGAAGACCAAGAAGGCGGAGAAAGAGCUCUCGGACCAGAUUCAGAGGGCCCUGCAGCUGGAGGAGGAGAGGAAGCGGGCCCAGGAGGAGGCCGAGCGCCUGGAGGCCGACCGCAUGGCCGCGCUGCGUGCGAAGGAGGAGCUGGAGCGCCAGACGGUGGAUCAGAUAAAGAGCCAGGAGCAGCUGGCCGCGGAGCUCGCUGAGUACACGGCCAAGAUCGCCCUCCUGGAGGAGGCCCGCAGGCGCAAGGAGGACGAGGUGGAGGAGUGGCAGCACCGGGCCAAAGAAGCCCAGGAGGACCUGGUGAAGACCAAGGAGGAGCUGCAGCUGGUGAUGACGGCGCCCCCGCCCCCGCCGCCCCCCGUGUACGAGCCGGGCAACUACCUCGUGCAGGAGGACCCGCAGGAGGGGGGCGCGGAGUCGGGGGGCUACAGCGCCGAGCUGCCGAGCGAGGGCAUCCUGGACGACCGCCAGGAGGAGAAGCGCAUCACCGAGGCGGAGAAGAACGAGACUGACCGAAUUAAGGAGGGCGCCGGGAGCGUCUCAAUCAAACUCCCCCGUACCGGCGCCAUGGAGAUGCGUGUGAUUCGGAAACCACAGCGUGGCUUUCUGCCGUGCCAUACUUUCUUCGUAUUGGAAAUUAGCCCCACUGAUUGA